GCCUGAGGGGAAGACACGGGCAGCGGGCGUCGGCUUACUCACUCUCACUCACUCACUCUCUCACUUACUCUCGAACGAUGAAGUACUUGCGUGGCUCCUAUACGGUACAGCGUGGAUUCGCCUAUCUACUAGUCUCAACGAUAGCUGUAUGUGUUCUUUACUUUGCAUACAUAACACUGGCAGAUUUGCGCAACACACAGCCAAGCAAGGAUGAAAGAAGCAGAGAACGAAUAGCAACAAUAACAAGAACAAAUUUACGAGAAGAACAAAGUGAAUUAUUGCAGAAACAGCCAAUAGAAACAGAACAAAAUAUUUCUUCUGAAAAUUCCCAGAUUCCUAAAAAAUCCCAAAUUCCCGAAGAUUCCCAGAUUCCCCAAAAAUCCCAAAUUCCCGAACCUGUAAUAAAAAAUCCAGAAAGCGUAAAAAAUCCAGAAAAUAUCCAGAUUCCCCCCAAAUCCCAAAUUCUCGAAAACCCAGAAAAAAAGAUUCCCGAAACUGCCCCAAUCCCAGAAAAUCCCAUCGUUCCCGAAAUUAGGAACACCCCCACAGAGUCCCCCCAUCUACCCCCACAACAACCCCCACAACCCGCCCACACGCCCCACACCCUCCACACUCCCACAAAUUCCCGAUUCCCACUCGCACCCGGAGAUUCCCACUUGCCCUUCGAGGACGAGAACGCGCCCAAGUUCCCAAAAUUCCCGAAGGAGCUCUGGGCUGAACCUGGAGGGGCGCCGGAGGAGGAGAGGCCGGGCUACGCGGGGCCGCCCUUGAAGAAAAUCCUGUUUUGGAAUGAUGCCUACGGAAACAGACACUACGGUUUCGGAUACGGCAGAGAACCGUUUAUCCGGGCCGGCUGCCGAAUUAAUACGUGUACGACAACGGCUAAUCGAGCUAAAUAUCCGUUAACGAAAUUGGACGCUGUCAUCUGGCAUUUUAGAUCAAAUGAUAAAAGUUUGCCAGCUGAGAGGUCACCUCAUACCCGAUAUAUAUUCUGGAUGAUGGAGUCUGCUUCCUACCUCUUCGGUGACCUAAAUCGAUAUCAUAACGUCUUUAACUGGACUUUCACUUACCGACUGGAUUCCGACAUUCCCAAUCCAUACGGUCGUGUAUAUCGCCUCAGACAGCCUCACCCUCCUUCAGAUUAUAAUUAUGCAGGAAAUAAGACGAAAUUGGUGGCCUGGUUCGUCUCCAACUGCAAGACACGAAGUGGACGAGAGCAAGUCGUACAAGCGCUCCAGAAGUGGAUAAAAGUGGACGUCUACGGCAGAUGCGGUCCACUUAAAUGCCCAAGAUCCGCUGAAUGUACCGAGAUGCUUAAUGCUACUUACAAGUUCUAUCUGUCCUUUGAGAAUUCCCUCUGUCAGGACUACGCUACGGAGAAGUUCUUCGGGACGCUUAAGCUGAACGUCAUCCCAGUGGUUUACGGCCUCGGGAACUACAGCAUCCAAGCGCCACCUCACUCCUACAUCGAUGCCUUGUCCUUCCCAAGUGUUAAAAAACUAGCUGAAUAUUUGCUAUAUCUGGAUGGGAAUGACACGGCCUAUAAUGAAUAUUUUCGAUGGAAAACGUAUCACCAUUUCCCCAUGAACUUUGCCAAAUUUUCUCGUCCGUUUUGCGAAAUUUGCGAACGACUUCACACAGACAACAAAAAGAGUGUCUAUGAUCUUCGCCGUUGGUUUGUCGCGAAGUCACACUGCCUGAGUGGGUCGUCGACGUCAAUCAAAACUUUUCUGAGAGGCAGCUAAGUGUGGCCACGGAAUUUUGUGAAUGCAAUACAUUUUCUUAGCGAGACAAAAGUGGCGCAGAAAAAGAGGAAGAAGCAGAAAGAGAAAGAAGAAGCGGAAAGAAAAAGAAGCAGAUGAAGAGAUGAGAAAGAAGAAAGAGGAAGAAGAAGAAGAAGAAGAAGAAGAGGAGGAGGAAAUAUCACGACGUAAACGAAAGAAAAUAAAAAAAGUUGCAGACAUAAGGAAAAAAAAAUCAAAUGAAAUGAAGUCGAUUUCUUUUUAAUAUAAAAGGAAAACUAAUUUCCAUUAUCUAUAUCACCCAUCUUUUUUACAGAAAAUAAAUGA